AAUGACAUCUCGUCUUAAUAAAGUGGUCCUCAAGUGGUUUUGUCGGUAUAAUAACUGCUGCCUCACAAAAUCCUAGUACCAGUCGUCCUCUGGAAAUAGUGAGGAAGUGUCCUUCAUAAGUAAAAGGGUUUCUAAAAUUUGGGGAAGUUUUUUAAAAAUAAAAAUACAUCGAUUUAAAAAAACAUUUCAGAGAUCCUCAUAAAGUGUGUAACGUGGUGCAAUCGUGUGGGUGUGGUUGGUUUCUAUUGUGCAGGAACACUGUUCGAAAGUGGUGCAGAAUUUUACGGUGUGAUUUUUUUGGAAGCGUGGAUUCUAUUUCAGACAACUCGACGCAGUAAAAACAUUGUAUUUUCCGGAUUAUUAUUGUCAAGCUCAGUAUGAUGAGACUAUACGACAAGUGAUAAAAGGACAACUUCCGGUCAAAGCAUGUCAACCAGUUCCAAGAUUGCAGAAUCAAUCAACAUAAUGAAGUUUGGACUUGGACCAGUGACCUUCAUGAACCAUUCGUGCAGGGUUCUCGUUCUCUGGGUGGUUACCGUGUUCCUACUCUUCCUCCUCCUCGCACCCGUCGCCUCCUCGGCCGGGCAAAGUGUCGUGUCAAAGACAACAAAAAACUAUAAAAAUGGUGACUUGAUGAGUCUCAACUGGUGGAAGAAGACCUACAAUUUGACACCGUCAUCGCCGUCUUGCGGGGCGGGAAAGUCGUCGAAAAAGUGUCGUCGACGGAAAAGCAGUAGUAAAAUCGUCCCCUCCGAGAAUGAAGUCAUCCCCACUUCCCGAAAUCAAAGUGCUGACACUGCCGAUAUGAAAACCCUCGCCAAAUCCGUGCUCGCCCAACGGAAAAAGUGCAAAACUUUGUCCAACAAGGGGUUCACUUGUCAACGGUUGAAACUGUACUCCUGGCUGAUGCAGAACUUCCUCGACGUGUCAAACACCCGGGUAAAUCCUUGGGUGGAACUGGUCCGAAAUCGUGACCUGAGUGAAAAUGUGAGUCUAAGUGAGAGUGAAUUAAUGCCAGAAAAUGGUCCGGAAGGCUACAUUUUUAACCUGCUCCUCCGCUGGGGUGACCCCGCGGAUAGAUUUUUGUUCCAUAAAUAUAAAGAGUUUGUCAAGUCACGCGAAGUGCGGGUCAAAAUUCCGCACUUGUUCCAAGUCAGUCUCUCCCCGAGGACGAGGGCAGUCUCAGAAACGGGGCGGUCCACUCCGAGAAUCUUUUGGGAUCCGGGGUUCAACCUGAAAUUGAAAUUCCCAUUUUUUAAGGAUGAGCUCAAAGUCGCCAUUUCCACGGGACCCGCUUUCCUGGCCGGAAUUGGGACUGGGAUCGUCCUCCUCAUCAUCAAGAGCAUGUUCGCCCCCUUCAUCUUCGGAAUGAAGUACUUGAUGUACAACAUGUUCUGGAAGGAGGGCAGCCCGUGGGAAAUGAUGCGAAUGAUCUGGGGCGGUGGUGGGGGUCACAAUGGACCCGAACCUUGGGAAUCGGCGGCUCCUCCACCAGCCAUCGAGCAUUACGACCCACCCCAAGUGCACAACCAGUACGACAACCAUAUUCACCACUCGGGCGGAGGAGGAACAGGACCCUCCGGACAAGGUUACGGUUGGGGUGCGGGUGACCAAAAGUUGCAGUUCAGCCAGAUUAACCCCAUCCUGCUCCAUGGCGUGCAAGGACUUGGUGGUGGUGGUGGCGGUUCUUCCGGCGAGGGGAGGAGGCAGCACUACUUUAAGUCACUGCUGCACCAAGGCUACUCACCCGGCGGGGGGUCCGAUAUGUUGUCGGACAAUAAUAAGGAGUACGUCCCAUCCAACGCGUUGCAAGCGGAGGUGGAGAACUACGACCCCUUCUACAGCCCCCUCUUGUCCAGGAUCGACUCGAUAUUUACGCAUCUUGGGUAUCACGACGAGGGCUGCAGGGAACGCGCGGUCUGCUCCAUUUAUAAGUUUCCCGUCAAGUAUGCACCCUACUCGAACCUUUUGUCGGCCCAGUUGUCCAAACAUCAAACCGAGCUUAAACGACCGGUAACAAAAUCUCCCCGAAUUUUGCGUUACUUUAAAUACAUGAAGGCAGCCAAGGAUGGGCAAGGACACGCCUCGUGUAUCGAUACUUAUCCAAAUUGCGACCAAGAUACGGACUCUGUGACCAAUCUGCCCAUGAUCACGACAUUCAACCAAUUGUCCGAACUGAUGGGGGCUGAGGCCACGGGUCCUUCGGGGUCAUGAUUUUCAACUGAUUGAUGAUGAGCUAUGCACAACAAUUAAUAGUGAUUGAUGGUGGUGGUGGUGACGACUGUGUAAAUCGAGUGUUUUUUACAUUGAUUCACUCACUAUCUCAUCUCCUAAAGAGCUAAAAACAUUACAUUAAUUUCAUGAUGACAUCACACCUAAAAAGGACGUGGAAUAGACAAGAUUUUAUGUGAAUUGGAGACACGAAUUUGAGCAGGACAAAGUAAAAAUGAGACGUUUCUGUGCUAUAUGUACGACAGCGACAAAAAAUACAUGGCAGAGUUUCAUAAGUAUUUAAUAUUCCCUUUAAAUUCAUCCCUUUAAAUUAAUACGAGACCUACAUUUAUUUACUUGUCGCAUAUGUACUACUCACUCACGAAAGAACUGAACUGAUCCACUUUUUCCAGACAAUUCUCCUCCAACGUAGUUAAUUAAUUAUGAAAAAAACGAAAUGAUACAAGUAUUAUGCAGUGGACACCCUGGUUGGUGUCUGGUGACACAAGAAAUAUAUACAUAAAUUUACACAAUAAGUUCCUCGUUAUUAAAUACAUAGAGAGAAAAAAACAGUACAUGACACCACGACCUUUUCAUGACGAUGCAACAAACAAGUAGACGACAAAAUUGACCACAUUCCUAAUAACUAAUUUAUCAUAAAAUUUGACAUUUUCUGUCUGGUUGGAAAUUGGACCAGGUUUUUAGGCCUGUGACAUCUCUAUCUACCUCAAAACAUGGGAUAAAUUCCGUUUAAUUGAUUGCGUACCUGAAUUUUCUAUUAUCAAAUCCAACCAUUAUUUAUUUACACAUUUGUGACAAUAACAAACGACGACGAUAAUCCUAUAGAAUUACUUGGAUCACUAUUUAUUCAUUUAUUUAAAUAAGUUAGUAAAUUUUUAUUAUUUUUGUUUUUGAUUUAUUUAUUUAUUUGUCAAGUUGAGAAACUUUACUAAUUUAUGUGAGAUGCAAUAUACGCCAAACAAAUGGAUGAGCUAUGCUUAAAAAAAUUGGAUGAAUGUUUUUUUAAAAUAAUUAUGCAACUAUUUACUUAAGAUUAUGGAGGAAAGGACGAUAUUAUGCAAAAUUGGAUAUUGUUUUUGAAGGAAUUUUUUAUCCAUGUUUUUUAAAAAUUAUAUGCGCACUUGUCUUAUUUAUUGUUUUGUAAAUGUAUUGUAUAACACCACAAUUCAAAUUUAUCUGGAUUUAUGAAAUUAUUUUUAAUCCGUAAUACAUAAUUCACAAAAGAAAAGUGUUUAAUAAGCAAAGAAAAGAGAUUAAUAAGCAAGCAAUACUCAUUCCUAUUUAGUAAAUAAUUAGUGUGACGUGUGUGCAGUAUUGUUGAAAAAAUGGGUGUAAAAUAAAAUAAACAUGCAUGUAAUAAAAAAUUA